UCUCUCUACAUUCCGAGUUUCUCUCUCCCCUUCUCGACCUUUUAUUGACUUUCUCUCUCCUCCCCUUUAUAAACCCCUCCCUGCUCGGAACACCAGCUCCUCGAAGCUGCGAUUAAACCAGCACUGAAAUCGGAUAAAUCUUAUCCACUUUCUCUCUCUACCAUUUUAUGACUUUCUCUCUCCUCCUACUUUAUAAAUUCCCCUUCCUCAGACCCAACUCCCCAAAACUGCGAUUGCAGAGCAGUCGAUAGAGAUUGAACAGAGAGAGAGAGAGAGGAGCUUCUCCCCUCGGCCUUGUAUCCCAAUAUACCAGACCCCAACUCCUCAAAUCUAAGAAAAGAGAGAAAAGAGCGUAGAGAGAGAAAGUGCCUAUCUUCUCUCGUUUGUAAACCCACACAGUCCGAACCCAGCUAAUAUACUAAGACAAAAGGAAAGAGAGAAGACGGAGCUUAGUUUUCAAAGCUGUAAGGGAGAGAGAGAGAGAGAGAGAGAGAGAGAGAGAGGUAGGUUAAUUUCUGAGGUCGAAGAGACAGAUAAGAGGGAAGAGAGAGAGCUAAGUGUUCAUUUUGCGUGCAAGUGUUUUGGCUCCAUCUCAGAUCAAUCCACCUGCACAAUGAGCUACGGAUCCCGACUCCUCGCCUCUCCGGUCGAGUUUGCCGCCGACUGUGGCGACAUGCUUGGGGAUCUCAGCGAGGAGGACAUCUGGAACUCGCGCCGGGCUUCCGAGAGGAUUGUGAUCCCGGCUGCCCGGGCUCCCAGACGGCCGGCCGGCUCCUUGCCUGGUUGCGGCGAACGCCGGAGCGCGGCCGCAAGCUUCUCGGCGCCCGUCAACAUACCCGACUGGUCGAAGAUCCUCAGAGAGGAGUUCAGAGAUCGCCAUCUAGAGAGAGAAAGCGACGAAGAGAGAGAAUAUGAAGAGAGAGAAGGGGAAAUGGUCCCUCCCCAUUUGUUGAUUGCUCGUCAAUUUGCGAGGGCAAACAUCGUUUCCUUCUCUGUGCACGAAGGAGCAGGCCGAACCCUCAAAGGAAGGGAUCUCAGCCGAGUUCGUAACGCCAUUUGGAAGAAGACCGGGUUUCAGGACUAGCCGAAAUUUUGCACCGAAAUAUCGGCUGGGUUGGCGAUUUUCGGAAAAAUUUCGGCCUGGCGAAAUUUGGAAAAAUUUCGGCUUGAGUUUGGAUUAAUCUAGGGUAAAUUUUGUUGGGUACUGCUUGGGACUUUGGGGAACGCUAGAGUAGAAGCCGAAAUUUCCAGAAAUUUCGGCGAAAUUUUGGGUCGCUUACUUAGGUGCCAUUUACUCAGGAGUAGGCGAAAUCUCGGGAAAGUUUAAGCGACAUUUGGAGCCAUUUACUUCGGAGUAGGCGAAAUAUCGGGAAAGUCUCGGAGAAAUUUUGGGUCUUUUGUUUCGGCCACUUUUUCGGGUGGUUUUCGUGAGGGUUGCUUCGAGGAAGGCGGUAACUUCGCCGAAAUUUCGUGAAAAAUUCGCAAUCUUGCGGGAGUUUUCGUGGCGCUGCUUUGGGGAGUGGGAGGUUUUGAGGACUGACCGGCGUUUUGCAGAGUACAUUUCGGCUCCUUUUCAGUGAUUUUUCGUUAGCGUGAUUCGGAGGAGGAAGAGUUUGGAGGAAAGUCCGAAACUUUGCCGAAAUUUAAGGAGCUUUAUUUUGCCCGAAAUCUUCUUCAUUUUCUUAUUUCUGUCGUUGAGCACUUUUUUUUUGGCCUUCUCGUAUCCUUUUUUAAUAAAUUUGUUUUAAUAUUUCCUUUUAAUUUUUGUUUUUGUUUAUGGAUACUUCUCUGUUAAUUUCAUUUUAGUAUGAGAUGAAAUGCUGACCGUUGGAUGUGAUUGUGGAUUUA